CCUGCCGCGCUCCCUCCAUCCCGGGAGCCCCGCGGAGCCCCGCAAUGAUCCGCUGCCGCCUGCCCCUGCUCGGGCCCUGGCUACUGCUGCAGAUGGUGUGUGCUGGCAGUCACAUUGCCAAGACCCUGGGAUACCUGCAGCUGGGCACCUCCGGCCUCCUCAAGGACGUCCCCUACAGCACCCUGAAACCCCCGGUGUUUGACCUUGAGCGGCUGAUUCCGGCCGAGUCCCCCCGGGGUGCGGGGACACCCUUGGGUGCUGCACAGAGCCCCUGGGAGUGGCAGAAGAACCAGACAGCUGGGGAGGUGCUGAGCGCCCGUGCCCGGCGCAAGCCUUCACUCAAGUCUGGCCGCACCAAGAAGAUCUUCGGCUGGGGUGAUUUCUACUUCAACAUCAAGACGCUGAAGUUCAGCCUGCUGGUGACGGGGAAGAUUGUCGACCACAUCAACGGGACCUUCAGCGUCUACUUCCGCCACAACUCCUCCAGCCUGGGCAAUGUCUCGGUCAGCAUUGUGCCCCCCUCCAAGGCAGUGGGCUUUGAGGUGGUGGUGCCGGCUCCUCCACCUCUCCCACUCCCACCUCCCCAGCAGAGCACCCUGCCAGAGGGGCGCCCAGCCAAGGCCCUCAACUGCCAUGUGGAGUACGAGAAGACCAAUCGGGCACGGAAGAACAAGCCCUGCCUGUACGACCCUUCCAAGGUGUGCUUCACUGAGCACACGCAGAGCCAUGCUGCCUGGCUCUGCGCCAAGCCCUUCAAGGUCAUCUGCAUCUUCAUCUCCUUCCUUAGCAUCGACUACAAGCUGGUCCAGAAGGUCUGCCCUGACUACAACUUCCAGCACGACAACCCCUACUUUGGCUGAUGGCUGCAGGAGGGGGUGGUGGGUACUGGAGCUGGAGGCAGACGGAGGUCAGGGGCUCCUGCACCCCGUGCUGGCUGCACAGUGCCCCCCAUUGCCUCCGCACUGCUCCCUCCCCUUUCAUUGCUGUAGCAUCUCCUUGGGGCACAGGAGUGGGACCAGGGCUAGCCCGCCUGGGGCAUGGCUGGCACAGGGGGUCCCAGACCCACUGCCAGCUAUGCUCCCAUCCCUGCAGCUAGGUGAGGGGGUGCAGGUGAAGAAACCAGCCCCCCCCCCCCCCCAUCUUGGGAGAUGGACUAGGGUCCCCAGGCACAUGUGGAUGAGUGUGUGUGGGGGUACUGCCCUUUGCAAUGGCACUGGGGGGGGGGGG